GCGUGGUGUCUCGUCUCAGGGGUGGGGUCCUGGAAGACAAAAGCAAAUCAAUCGGAAAACGAGGGCGGAGGAAUCAGAAAGAAACGGCGCGGAUUACCGGGAGGAGGAAACACAGACACACACCACGGGGUUAACUUUACAAUAAAAGUGCUAAUAAUGGAAAGAAAAAGGGUUCAGUCCAUUAUCCCGCAAUGGGGGACAUGAAGACCCCCGACUUUGACGACCUGCUUGCGGCGUUCGACAUCCCGGAUAUCGACGCGAAGGAAGCCAUCCAGUCCACUCCGGACGAGCCCGAGGGGGGCCACAGACCGGGGGCGGGGGGCGACCCCCCCUCGGACCCCCCGGGGGUGAGCGUGAUCGUGAAGAACACGGUCCGGCAGGAGGGCUUCGGGGAGGCGGGGUCCGACACGGAGAAGCCGGACGGGAGACCGCUUCCGACCGGCGCGAUGCCGGCCAGCGAGCAGAGCCUGGAGAUGCAGAACGGGUUCUGCGUUCCCUCCUCCCCCAUCUCCUCCCCCUCCUCCUCCUCCUCCUCCUCCUCCUCCCCCUCCUCCUCUCCCUCUUCCAACUCUUUUUCUAUUCCUUCGAUUGCCGCUAAUUCCUCCGAAGCGACGAAGCCCCUCGGUUUGCAGCACCCCCAGACGGUAUCCAACGGAGACCUGUGGUCCCCUCUCUCGCCCAAGACCAGCAGAGAGACCCCCGGAAGCAGCAGCAUCAGCAGCAUCAGGGGUAGCAUCACUAGCCUGAGUGGUGGAAACAGCGCCGACCUGAGCGAACACUGCUGUAAGGCUACAAAUAUCUUCUCCAGACUGCGUCCUCUGGUGGCUCAGAGCCCAGUGGAUUUGAUAGGGAAGGGUAGGGAGCGUAAGGGUUUGCUUCAGCAGCAGCAGCAGCAGCAGCAGCAGGUUCAUCUUCAACAGCACCGGAAGCGACGGGGAGACGGAGGUGGAGAGGGUGGUGGUGGUGAUGAUGAAAUGGAAAUUGAAGAAUCCGCUGCUUCCAGUGCCUCUGGGGUUUCUGAUGCAUCUCCCGGGGUUGGGGUACCUUUCUUUGCUCCUCCAAAACUGCUCCCGCCCCCCCCCUCGCCAGCCACCGCUGCCCCCCCCGUCUCCACCUCCACGCUCAAUUUGGAACCCCAAAAUAGCAACCCCUCCCCCCGCCUCUUGGGGAGCCCCCCUCCUCCUGCACCCCCUGACCCCGCCUCCACCACCACCUCCUCCUCCUCCUCCGCGCUCUUCGAGAGAAACAGGGAGCCGGCUCAGGGCCGCCCCACGGGGGGGAGAUACUCCCCGGGUUCGACAGGGUUCUGCUCUGAAGAAUCGGAGCCGGAUAUCGGGAGCCCCCUGGUCAUCCAGGAGAGCCUGGAGUCUCCCACCUCUUCCCCUCCUGGGAGCCCCGGGGAAAAAACUCGGGAGCCGAGCCCCGUGGCGUCAAGCCAGCCGACGACACCCCAGAAAUACCCCGAAGCGCCUGCUUGCCCUCCUCCCUUAACCCUACCCCAGCCCUGGCCCCAGCCGCGCUGCCCUGCCACGACGGACGAUCUGGGAAGCAGCAGGAAAAAAAGCCCGGAGCACAUUGUAGAGGAACGGGAUUCUCCCCAAAGCCCGGAACCGGAGAUCCAGACUCCCCUUAAUAAUAAGACUCCACUUUCCAACAGUGUGGCUUCUGCUGUCAGUUCAGGAGGCAGUGGCAGCAUUGCUGGCGAUGAUGAUGAUAAUAAUAAUAAUAAUAAUAAUCCUGCUCCUUCUCUCCCCCUGCUCCCUAGCAGUCCCGGGGCAAAGCAGGACGAGGGGGAAGGGGAACCCAAAUCGAGUUCCUCUCACUCCGCCAAGGAGUCCCGUUCGAUCCAGGACAGUCCGGAGAGCCCUAGCGAGGAGGAAGAGGGGGAGGAGGGAGGAGGAGGAGGAGGUGGGGAAGAAGGGGAGGUAAUGGAGGCAGCAGAUGAAGAAGGGAGAGGGAGCCUGAGAAAAGUAGAGAGCGGAAAAAAUACUAACGGCAGCAACGGAAAAGGUGGUAACAAAUCUGCAUCGUCGACGUCUUCUUCCUCGGCUCCUUCCAGACCUUUAAAAGUCCGGAUCAAAACCGUCAAGACUUCGAGCGGAGGGAUCACCAGAACCGUGACCCACGUGGCGCCGCGCUCCGCAGCUGGGAUUCCUCACCCUCCCACAGCAACGGCAGCGAUCCCCAUGGAAACGGAAGCAGGGGGAGGAGGAGGGAGGGAGGGAGCGGUCAGCCGCAAGCCCACGCUGACGGCCGAGGCGCCCAAGAGAAAGCCGGUCAGUCUGCAGCUGGGCGACGGAGCUCGGCUCAAAGGCCCCAUCCUGCCGGCUUCCACCAUCCAGAACGCCAGCAGCGCCAUGCUGAUGGCAGCCAGCAAAGCGCAGGGCAGGAUCGCAGCGCUGGCAGGGGCAACGAAACCGGAAAAGACCAAGCCGCUAGCCAAAGCCGCCAUGGGCCGUCCGGCGCUGAGCCCGGCCAACCAGAAGGCGGUGAACGGCGCAGCCUCCAAACCGGCGUCCAUCGUCAACAGCGGCGGCGCGGUGAUCUCCCGCAGCCAGACCAGCCUGGUGGAAGCCUUCAACAGGAUCCUCAACAGCAAGAACCUGCUGCCCAGCUACCAGCCCGACCUCAGCCCCCCGGCCGAGUGGAGCCUGGAGCUGCCCCAGUGCGGCUACCGCUGCCUGGAGUGCGGGGACGCCUUCGCCCUGGAGCGCAGCCUGGCGCGGCACUACGACCGCCGCAGCAUGCGCAUCGAGGUGACCUGCAACCACUGCGCCCGCCGGCUGGUCUUCUUCAACAAGUGCAGCCUCCUCCUGCACGCCCGGGAGCACAAGGACACCGGCUUGGUCAUGCAGUGCUCCCACCUGGUCAUGAGGCCCGUCUCCGUGGAGCAGAUGAUCGGGCAGCAGCCCGACCUGACCCCCGCGACGGGGCUUUCGAAGGUCAGAAACGCGGCUGCUGCGGCGGCGACGGGGGGGGCUUCGAACGGGGGGCAGGGUACCCCCGGGGAGGCGCUGACCGGCCCGGGGGGGAAGAAGAAGGAGGCUCCCCAGCUGAAGCCCCAGCCCCAGCCCCAGCCCCAGCCGGCCCUGCCCCUCAGCUGCAGGAAAGAGGAGUUGCUGCAGUAUCGGAACUUCAAGUGUCCCGAGUGUAAGAAGCAGUUCAAGGGGAAGACGGAGCUCGCCGCGCACUUCCAGGAGGUCGUCUCCGGCUCGGAUUCGAGCUGCACGCAGUGUGCCCCGGUGAUGAUGAUGUCGAACCCUUGCAGCGGCUCUGCUCACCGGCGGAUGCACCGGCACCAGGCCCCCCACGUGUGCCCCGAGUGCGGGGGUGUGGCCCGGCCAGCCGGCUUCCAGACGCACCUCAAAGAGGCCUGCCAGCAUUUCUCACGCAGAAUCGGGUACAAGUGUUCCAGCUGCCAAGUUGUGUUCGGAGGGCUGAACUCCAUCAAGUCUCACAUCCAGUCUGUCCACUGCGAGGUCUUCCACAAGUGCCCCACCUGCCCCAUGGCCUUCAAGUCCGCCCCCGGGGCCCACGCGCACAUCAGCACCCAGCACCCCGGCCUGGAGAACCAGCAGGCCAAGAUGAUUUAUAAGUGUGUGAUGUGCGACACUGUGUUCACCCACAAGGCUCUGCUGCACACUCACUUCGACAUGCAUUUAGCCAAGCAGAAGGUCCACGUGUUCAAGUGCCCAGACUGCACCAAGCUGUACGCGCAGAAAACCUCCAUGAUGGAGCACAUCAAGAGCACUCACCGCAACGGGAGCACCAAACCCGAGCCCCCCCCUCCAGCCCCCGCCCAGCGCCCCACCCCACAGAAAGCGGUGCGCUCAGCCGGGCUGGUGAAACCGGAACCACGCCCCUCCAGCUCCUCCGAGGACGAGGAAGAGGGGGACGAGGAGGAGGAGGAGGAAGAGGAGGAGGGGGGCAGCUCCCCCGACCCCCCCCGCUCGCUCCGGGACGGGGAGGAGGGCAGGGUCCCAGAGUGGCGGUGCUUUGAGUGUAGGGCGCGCUUCUCUGAGAGAGACGAGUAUAUCACGCACAUGAGGAAGGACCACGGCAAGUCUGUGAAGAAGUUCCCGUGCCGGCUGUGCGAUCGUUCCUUUUGCUCCGCCCCCAGCCUGCGACGUCACGUGCGCGUCAAUCACGAGGGGAUCAAGCGUGUCUUCCACUGCGAGUACUGCACGGAGGGGAAGCGUACCUUCAGCAGCCGCCUGAUCCUGGAGAAGCACGUGCGGGUUCGACACGGGAUCCGAAAAUGGGGCCCCUCCAGCGACAGCGAGGGCCCAGCACGCAAGCGCAGAGCUCCCCUGGAGAGGGACAGCUCCUCGGACACGGAGGGGGGAGCAGCUGGAGGAGGAGGAGGGGGAGUGAGGAGGAGGAGGAUGAGGGUGAGCACCCCGACAAAGAUCAGAAAGCGCAAGGCACCCCAGCCCCAACCAGAACCAGCCGGGCCCUUCAGCUGCCAGAAGUGUGGCUUCACCACGGAGUCCCGGCCCGAGUUCCAGGCCCACAUCCCCCAGCACCGCAGCGAUGAGUCCUCUCACCAGUGCAGCCACUGCGGGCUCUGCUUUGCCUCCCAGCCCUCCCUCAACCGCCACUGCUUCAUCACCCACCGCGUCAAGCAGCCCAGCCCUGCCGGGGACCCCAGCGAGGGGGAGGAGGGGCCUGGGCAGCAGGGCGGGCUCGCCUGUCAGGUGUGUGGGAAGCUGUGCGAGACGGCAGUGGAUCUGCGCACUCACUUUCGGACGCACGGCAUGGCUUUCAUCAGGGCCACAAAGACUGGGGGAGCGGAGAAAUAGACGGGGGGCGGGGGGGGGGCUCUAGCACUGCCCACAACCCAGUCCUGGGGUUCAGAAGUCUCCUCAAUGAAGUCUAUUAUUAUUAAUAUUGAAAUGAUCAGGAAGCAGGAGUUUGAGCAGGGUUAGAAACUCACACUAGCCCUGCUGCUGCUGCUGCUGCUGCUGCACCCAGUCCUGGGGUUCAGAGCUCCCCUCAAUGAAGUCUAUUAUUAUUAAUAUUGAAAUGAUCAGGAGCCAGGAGUUUGAGCAGGGUUAGAAACUCACACUAGCCCUGCUGCUGCUGCUGCACCCAGUCCUGGGGUUCAGAGCUCCCCUCAAUGAAGUCUGUUAUUAUUAUUGAAAUGAUCAUUUCUCGUACAGACCGUUACUUUCAUCCCCGGAUGUAGUUUUAAUUACAGUUUUAAUUACCACUGUAAUUAAUGAAACCAAUAUAAUAUAACCCACUUUCUGUCCCUAAAGGAAUAGAGCUGUAGCGAAAAAAAAAUCCUGUGUGUAAAUGUUUAGUGACGGUGAUGCAAUCCUUAUAUAGCGUCUAUCAGAAAGCGCUGUACUAACCGCACUGCAUAAAACACCCCCCACCCCCCCCACAAAAAAAAAACUGCGCUUUAUGUUUUCCGCUACAAGGAACAGCGGCUGUCACAGUUAUUCAAAUGCAGUCCUACAGCGAAGGAGGCUGGUUUUAGAAGAUUGUUUUUUGGUUCAUUUUUUUUUCUUUGGAGAAAUUGUUCAUGUUUUUUGACGGAGGAUUGGUGCGGGGCUGGGGGGGUGGUAAUCAUGAUUUUGUGUUGUUGUUUUUCUUCGUUUGUUUGUUUUUUAGAUUUUUUUUUUUUUAUUUUUAUUUUUUAUAUAUAUAUAUAUAUAUAUAUAUAUAUAAAGUGUUCAGUUGUGUUUUUAAAGUGCUGCUGCUUCUUGAGUUUUCGUAGCGUCAUGAAAGCGGCCCGGCCCGUGUUCUAGGGUUUAGUUUUGUUCUUGUCGGUUUAGCUGGUUUUUUAUAACACUGGUUCCUGUACAGCACCGCCCAGGGCAUUUUUAACAUUGCGUGCGUGUGUGUGUGUGUGUGCGUGUGCGUUUCUUUUUUGUUUGUUUGUUUUUGAGUGCACUAACAACUGUCAGCAUUUUAAAGCCUGAUUAUGUGUGUGUGUGUGUGUAGUACCUGAUAAACAUAUAAAUCCAGACCAAUACAACCAAGUUUUUGGAAUGGUUAUUUUUUGGAUUCUGUAGAGGAAAGCACUUUUUCUUCUUGUGAUCUGUGAAGUCAAACCUUCCAUUACAAAAUGUUCCCAGCAGUGCCGAGUAUCUCUCAGCCCUGUCCUUCACACUGCAAAACCGAAACUGAUCUGAACCCGCAUAUAAACCUGAUCUUAUCUCUGGUUUUUGUUUUGUUUUUUCCCUAGAUCCAAAAAAAAAAAAAAAAAAAUCUGAUUACUAGCACAAAAAAACCGCAAUGUACCCCCUUAUCUCUGUAAUGUAUUAUAAAUCCCAGUUCCUUUUGUAUUAUUAUUAUUAUUAUUAUUGACUUUGUACGUAGUAAUUCAGUGCUCUUCAGAGCAUGGAGUAAAGAAAUGUAAUAUAAUUGUUGUAAUAAAAACGUGUUCUCUUUUUCACCCAA